AUUUCCAGUCCAGCAUCAAUCUAUCAUCAUCAACAACUUCAAUUCCAUUAAGAACAAUUCAAAAUCAUAGCUCAAUUACUAUCACAAGAACAACAACACAAACAGCAGCAAAAGCAAAAACAUCAAAAAUGCACUUCCAUCUCAUCCCAGCUCUCCUCGCCAUCACCACCAACCUCCUCCUCACUCCCCUCGUCCGCGCCGACAACGACCUCGACUCUGACGACGUCCCCGACCGGUGCUGGUCCGUCUGCGGUCCCGUCGUAGGCAUAACCCAAGGCUGCGACCACAAAUACGACGACAACGACCGCGCCGAGCUCAACUGCAUCUGCAACUGGGUCGAGGCACCUACUCUUCUGCCGUUGUGCGAGGCCUGUAUUGCCAAUUACCGCAGUGAGCAUGACCACGAUGAUGACCAUGAUGCGCAUGAUAAUGACGCCUACGACAUCCUAACCUCCUGCUCCCUAUCCACGACAACCUGGAACGCGGCGGCUGCUACUUCUGCUCUUCAGUCUGUGAACAGCACCAGUGCUACUGCUACUGCUACGGGUUCUGGUGCUGGGGCUAGUGGUACCGGUUCUGUGUCUUCGACCGGUGGUUCUGCUGCUGCUGCCGCUGCUACUGGUGAUGUUAAUGCCGCCGUGGGGGUGAGCGUUCCGGGGCUUUCGUCUGUGGCGGUGAUGUUGGCUAUGGGGAUGGGGUAUUUGGGUGUGGUUUGAAAUGUAGGAAUUGGUGACUGAGGAGAUGAAUGGAUGGUUAUGGUCAUGAAUCACGAGUUUAUAGUAUAUCGAUGAGGCGAUCGGUGGUUUUUGUAUACCCGCUGGGUUAUUCGACAUUAGAUUGAGGGUUAAUGUUCGGAACAGCUCAUUUUGGAGGAUGUAGUGUGGGUAUUAUAUAUGAUGGUUAUGCUUAGGACGUUCAUUACACUGGGAAUAUGAUAUAUGAUUUUGUUCUUCGGGUUUUGAAUGAGUUGUAGUGUUAUUGAGAGAUAUGGCUAUCUACAGUGAGCGUUUUUGGGA